AUGUCUGAACACGUCCCUGCAUGGAAAAGAAUUGGUCUUAAGGUGAAGCAAGAAUUAGAAGCUGAUCCAUUAGAUGUCACCACCCAUUUGGAUUCUGGUAAAGUUACAGCUAAACAAACUAAACUUUUAAAUAAAAGAAAAAGACAAGCUCAAAGUGCUGAUAGUGAUAAUACAGAGAAGAAACCACCAAAAAGACAAAAGGUUCCAAAAAGUGAAAGACCACCUCCUCCUGAAAAAGAUCAACUUGUUUAUUUAAGAACUUAUACAACUGAUAAAGAUAAUUGGAAAUUUUCUAAACAAAAACAAAAUUGGAUUUUAAAACAUAUUAAAACUAUAGAGGAUAAAUAUGAAGAUUAUCUUGUUAAUUAUUUAGAAGGUUUACAAGGUGGCAGUUUAGAUAGAUUAGUUGAAGAUAUGAAGAAAGUUGUUGCAAGUUGGAAUAAAGCUGCAGAUGAACCACCAAAAGAAGAAUCAAAACCAGAAGAUGAAACCAAUGUUGAAGAAACAAAAGAAACCAAGAAACAAGAUAAAAAGAAAGAUUCCAAAUCAAAAGAAGUUAAAGAAGAUUUAGAAAGUGUUGAUAGUGAUUAUGCAUUAAGAGCUAGAAAGAUAAUACAGAGAAUAACUGAUGAAAAAUUGGCGUUAAAAGGUAUAGAUGAUGAAGAAUCCCAGAAAGAUGAAAAGAAAGAAGAUGAAGAAUCAAAUGAAGAAUCAAGUGCAAGUUCAAGUGAUGAUAGUGAAUCAUCUGAAUCAAAAAGCUCAGAUAGCUCAGAUGAUAGUGGAUCAAGUGAAGAAUCAAGUUCAUCUGCAGAAUCUGAAGAAUCUGAAGAAUCAUCAAAAGAAUCAAAAUCAGAAAAGAAGAAAACACCAUCAAAAGCUGAUAAUUUGAUUGUAGAACAAGUUGAAGUCAAAGAUUUUUUGAACGAUGAUGACUAUGUUGAUGAACCAAAAAUUCCAAAAAAGAAGGAAACAGAAUCAUCAGAAUCCAGUGAAGAAGAAUCCAAUGAAGAAGGGUCAUCAGUAAGCUCUGAAGAUUCUGAUAAAGAAGUUAAAAAGGAUCAAAAGAAGGAAAAGAAGAAUAAAGAUAAAUCUGAAAAAAAGUCCAAAAACUCCGAUUCAAAAAAGGAAAAAAAGGAUAAAAAGAAGAGUAAAAAGGAAAAGAAGUCUAAAGAUUGA